AUGGAGAAAAAAAGCAAGAAUGGGAUGGACCUAGUAUUGCUUCUUGGUCUCAUCUUCAUUCUUUGCGUCAACUCAACUUCAAUGGCCGAAGAACAAGUAGAGGAAAUCCAAGCGCAAGACAGCUUGUUGACUUACAUAGUUCAUGUCAAAAAGCACGAGAGUAUAUUUUCUCUUCAAUCAGAAGAAGAGUUGCAUAACUGGUACCACUCAUUCCUGCCACAAACUUAUGAAAAACCCAACAAGGAACGAAUGGUUUUCACUUACCGCAAUGUGGCCUCUGCAUUUGCAGCGAAGUUGACCCCAGAAGAAGCCAAAGCCAUGCAAGAGAAAGAUGAGGUUGUGUCAGCCCGACCCGAAAGGACCCUUACAUUACACACAACUCAUAGUCCAGGCUUCUUGGGGCUGCGACCGGAACUAGGAUUAUGGAAUGCUUCCAAUUUUGGCGAAGGCAUCAUAAUUGGGCUUAUAGACACAGGUAUAGACCCUUCCCAUCCAUCCUUUAACGGUGAAGGAAUGCCACCUCCACCAGCAAAAUGGAAAGGCCACUGUGAAUUCACUGGGAAUAGAACAUGCAACAACAAACUCAUUGGUGCAAGAAAUCUAGUAAAAAACGCAACUAAUGAUCUUCCUCUUGAGGAUUUCUUCCAUGGAACACACACAUCUGCAGAGGCUGCUGGAAGAUUUGUAUUGAACGCCAGUGUUUUUGGCGAGGCUCUGGGCACAGCAGCUGGCAUGGCACCUAAUGCACACUUAGCAAUGUACAAAGUAUGCAAUGACAAAGUGGGGUGCCCUGAAAGUGCUAUCUUAGCUGCAAUGGACAUAGCCAUUGAUGAUGGCGUGGAUGUUCUUUCUCUGUCCCUCGGUUUACCCUCUUCUCCAUUCUAUGUUGAUCCAAUUGCAAUUGGUGCAUUUGCUGCCAUUCAGAAGGGAAUUUUCGUGAGUUGCUCAGCUGCAAACUCUGGCCCUGACUACCUCACUCUGUCAAAUGAGGCCCCAUGGAUCCUCACCGUUGGUGCAAGCACCAUUGACAGAAAAAUAGCAGCAUCCGCAAAGCUUGGAAACGGGUUAGAAUAUGAAGGGGAAUCGCUAAUUCAACCCGAAGGCUUUUCUCAGAGAUUUUUGCCACUUGCGUAUGCUGGUGCAUUUGGAAACAACUCUGAUGCUGCCUUCUGUGACCCAGGAUCCUUAAAGAACGUUGAUGUCAAGGGAAAGAUAGUGUUAUGCGAUGUAGGUGGAGAAAGUCUAUUUACUUCGAAAGCACAAGAAGUUCUGAAUGCUGGUGGUGCGGGCAUGAUCCUCACCAACCAAGAAAACUUUGGCUUCAAUACCUUUGCUAUUCCUGUUGUUCUGCCUUCUGUGCAUGUGAGUUAUGCUGCUGGUUUGGCUAUCAAAGCAUACAUAAACUCAACCUUGGCACCAACCGCAACAAUCUUAUUCAAAGGAACUGUAAUUGGGGAUCCACUUGCUCCUGCAGUUACUGCAUUUUCUUCCAGGGGUCCAAACUUGGAAAGCCCCGGAAUUCUAAAACCUGACAUUAUUGGACCUGGAAUGAACAUUCUAGCUGCAUGGGGUGUGUCAGUAGACAACAAAAUCCCAGCUUAUAACAUUGUUUCAGGAACUUCAAUGUCUUGCCCUCACCUCAGUGGCAUUGCUGCUUUGCUCAAAAGUUCACACCCUGAUUGGUCCCCAGCUGCCAUAAAAUCAGCAAUCAUGACCACUGCUUAUACAGUCAACCUUGGAGGCAAGCCCAUACUUGACCAGAGGAAUCUACCUGCUGACAUAUUUGCCACUGGUGCUGGCCAUGUUAACCCAAACAAAGCAAAUGAUCCAGGCCUUAUCUAUGAUCUCCAGCCAGAGGAUUACAUUCCUUAUUUGUGUGGUUUGCAUUACAGUGACAGAGAAAUUUCUGUUAUUGUGCAAAGGAAAGUCACAUGCUCCAACAUAACAAGCAUACCUGAAGCACAACUCAAUUAUCCCUCAUUUUCUAUUUUAAUGGGGUCUGAUUCACAGUUCUUCACCAGAACGUUGACAAACGUUGGACCUGCAAAUAUAACUUACACCGUGAAUAUCGAUGUACCUUUGGCGUUAGGUAUAAGCGUAAGCCCUGGUCAGAUAACAUUCACCGAGGUGAACCAGAAGGUUACGUACACAGUGGGGUUUAUCCCAGAAAGCAAAGGAAAUAGAGGCAACCACAGUUUCGCUCAGGGUUCUCUCACAUGGUCAUCUGACAAAUACGCUGUUAGGAUCCCCAUAUCUGUCAUUUUCAAGUGA